UCCAGCCUGGACCGUACAGAGACUUCAGUCUGCAGACGUUCACACAGAGACCAGACACAGAUACCUGACACAGACACCAGACGGAGGCCAGCAGCAUGAACGACAUCAAACUGGCUCUGCUGGGGAGUCAGGGGGCUGGGAAAUCAGCUGUCCUCGUACGCUUUCUGACCAGACGCUUCAUCGGUGAAUAUGCCUCUAAUGCCAACUCUCUGUACCAUAAAAGGCUGUCGAUCGACGGCAGGCAGCUGAAUCUGGAGGUGUUUGACCCCUGCUCUCAGAGCUCAGAGGCCAGGUGUAUCCUGGAGGAACCGGUGGACUGGGCAGACGGCUUCGUGGUGGUGUACAACAUCAGCGACCGCACUUCCUUCAUCAACGCCAAGAACAUCCUGCAGCAGAUCAAAGAGGCGCGCAUGGACAACUGCAAAGGGGAGACGGAGGUUCCUGUGUGUCUGGUGGGAAACAAACAGGACCUGUGUCACGCCCGACAGGUCCGCGAGGACGAGGGCCGCAGCCUGGCUCAGGAGAACUGCUGUCAUUUCCAGGAGGUGUCCGCUGCCGAGAGCUACCAGGACAUCGCCAACCUCUUCACCCAACUCAUCCGACAGGUGAUGGAGCACCUCAAGUACAGAGCGGACCGCCGGCGCUACAGCGGCUCCAAGUCCAUGGCCAAGCUCAUCAACAAUGUGUUUGGGAAGAGGAGGAAGUCUGUGUGACGGUCCCAGUGAGGUCAGCUGGACGGACUGGGAUUACUGCAUCUGGAGCCCAGUUAAAGGAAACUGGUCCAGAGGUCUGAAACUGUUUUAGUUUGUCAGUCUGAACAGUGAUGUCACAUUCACACUGAGAGCAAAAUAAGCGGACGGUGGGACGGAUCUGAUGGGGUCAAAAUUUACAGACAAAUAUUUGUCUUUUUCACAUCUUUGGUUUUUUGUUGCUCUGGUUUCGCCCUCAACAUUUUUCUCUACUUUGAGUUUACAGAGAUAUUUAGAAAGGAUUAAUUAAGAAGAGGUCACAGCAGAACGCUCUCCGUUCUCAUCCCCAGAUGAACAAAUACCAACACUUUGAUAUUGACACCAAAGACACCCUUUAGCAUUUUUAUAAAACACAUGACUGACAUUUGAAAACUUUAUGCUGAGAGCAAAUCCCAGCUGGCACCGGACGUCACUAUGAUGUCAGAAAGACGUUGGACUCUUUCGUUGGACAGAUGAUAAAAUUUGGUUGAAAUGUAAAUCAGGUUGAUGAUAUUUAAGUUAUUGAAUAAAUUUAGAAUUUCACAUUAUGUGGAUGUUUGGUUUUGUUCUUCACACCUUACGACUAAAUGUCGUUCUUAUACGUCAAGAUGACGUCAGCAUGAGACGUUUGGAAGAUGCUAGAUUUUGGCUACGUAACAACACAAAACAACAAAAUAUCAGCGUCAUCUGUCGUCAGUGUUCUACAUCAUAUUGAUGUUGGCAUUAGUCGUCCUGACAUUGAACCUGACAUUACAACCUAAAGCUAACCACAUAUCAGCAUCUAACGAUGUUGGUGUCCAGCUGGGUGAAAGAAUGAGAAAGUCUGUGUCAGUGGACAGGUCAAACAAAACAAGACUUUCACCCAGGAGACCUCAGUUUGUGUCCCACAUGAAACUAAAAAUCAGUGUUGUUUGAACGUAUUGUUAUGUAACAAAUGUCCAUGUUUUAACCCAGAUGUGAUCUUUUACGGUCUUUUUCCUAACCAAGUAGUUUUGUUACCUCAGCAUCUCACAAAAUUAACCUCAUGUUACCAAGUUCUUCAGCUGUGCCUCACACAGAGAUGGCGUCCUGUGUGAUGUCAUGCAUGGUGUCCUCACACAGAGAGGGUGUGAUGUCAUUCAUGGUGUCCUCACAACACUUUAACUUUAACCAUAUUCUUUAAUGAGAGCUCUGCUCAGGUUGAAGUUUGGUGGAGUGACGCUGGUAAUUACAUCGUGUCAUUAAAUUAUGUGCACCAAUAAGAGAAAGAGAAAAGGCUGAAUCAAAGCUGUGAAGCUGGGAAGUGUCAGUUAACUCAAGUGUACCUCGGGUGUGUGUGGCCUUUAUAACACAUGCUACACUUUUUAAAUACAAGCAAAUAUUUUCAAAACUGUGGCCUAAAACUGUCAAAAUGAAAUCUCUAAAAAUAUCAGAAUAUCAGAUAUGAACCAUGUAACGUAUCAGUGCCAAAGAUGACAGCUGACACAGCUGAGCAGGAUAAGAAAUCUUACCGCUGAGGUCUGAAACAGUUUCUAUCUGACUGGUUCAUUGCUGUAGUUUUACACAUGAAACCUCAGACUGGUUUCAGACUGGUUUCAGACUGGGAAGCUUUGACUGGCUGUAAUCAGUUUCUCCUCCGUCCUUGAUGAUCAGAUAGUGACAUGUUUCCUUUAAUCAUCCCAGUCAGUGGUUUAAGUUAUUGGACAUCAGUUUAUGUUCAUUUUGCGUUUUUUCGUUCAUCACCUAUUACCGUCAACAAACCAAGUGACCGGACGUUAAAUACAAGAGAAGUUUCCUUUCAGUCCGGAGCUGCGUUGACUCUGUGAGUCUUCAGCACCACAUUUCAAAGCUCUGUCCAUUUAGACGUACAGUAGAGACAUUUUACUGUUUUGUCUUUAUUUUACUUUCUGAUACUUUUGCUGACAUACAGACGGCGAGCUGCGUCAACAUGCGUAAACAUGGCGCCCACUGCCCAGCUAAUGUUAGCCGUGGACACUGUGCACUGCACCUGAGUCCAACACGUUCUCAUCAAAUACAGCCGCUUUGUCAGUGGGCACACAUGUCAAGAUAUAUGAGAUAUAAAAGAUGUGACCCACUGCGUCUUGUUUUGCCACAGUGUUUGUUUAUAUUCAGUUCCUGUUGAUUAUAAUCUGUCAUACUCUCUGUUAUAUGUUACUCAUGACUAAAUGCAUCAUUCACAUUAAUCUAUCUGAUCAUGUCUGUAAGCAUCUCAUCUGAUAUAUAUGUGUGUGUGUACAUAUUAAAUGUUACUGUAUUUA